UCCAUAGUGUUUGGGUACUUGCUGGGCUGUUGUGGGUUGGGCUCUCACCACCAUUUCUUUCUUCUUUCUUUUAUUGGGUUUAGUUUUCGGUCUUCUUUCUUUUUCUUUCUUUCGCUUUUCUUUUUCUGGAGUGACUCGGAUCCGAAGGAGACAGAAAGGAUCGACUGUCUAGAAAGCCCCUACGUCCACUGACAACGGUUUUACUCUUUAUUCUAUGUCUAUUUCUCUUUUUCUUUAGUCUUACAUACGGUUACGUCCCUCUUUGAAUCAAAGCAUCCAACAGCUUGUGUCUGAUCUCUGAUGACUGGUGAAGCUUAAAUUUAUCAUUCAGAAACUCCCACGAGAAGAACAAAAGAGAGAGGAGGGGGAGAUGACAUGAUUCUACCAGUAGUAAAGCUAGGAACCCUUGCACUAAAAACCGUUUGCAAACCCAUUGCUAAUCGUCUCAAGAAAGAGGCUGGUUUACAUCCCAGGUUCCGCCAAUUUAUCAUCAACAUUGCCCAGGCAAAUCAUCAAUUCACGACAAAAAUGCAAAGACGUAUUUAUGGUCAUGCAACAGAUGUUGCAAUACGCCCUUUGAAUGAGGAGAAAGCUGUCCAAGCUGCUGCAGAUCUUCUAGGGGAGCUCUUUGUAUUCACGGUUGCAGGAGCUGCUGUUAUUUUUGAGGUGCAAAGAAGUUCCAGAUCAGAAGCAAGAAAAGAGGAGCAGCGCAAACAAGAACUGGAGGUGAUGAAACAAAGAGAUGAAGAUUUAGCACGGGAAGUUGAGCUGCUCAAACACAAAAUUGAAGAGCUAGAACAACUGGCCAGAGGACGAGGACUUACUGGUUUAUUCAACUUCAGGCAUGCGCAUGGCACUGAAGAUGGAAAAGCACAACUGUCUUGAUUAUCACAGAAAUCAAGCUGAGCCCUAAGCUUUGAUGUGAGAGCAAAUUUACCUGAGUUUAUUUACAACAGUGGUCUAAGUGGGUGAAUUUUGGUUUCAUUGUGCCUACAAUUUAUGUUGCGUGUUUCUGCAAAGAAUUGGUGACAUCCAGAGAACAGAAUUUUGUGUAUAAAAGCUUGGGAUAAGUCACGUGGCUAGAUAUCAACUGUACAAGCUUUCCACAGAAGUCCUUCGAACUCCCAUAAAACAAUGAAAAAAACAAAAGCUUUACCUUAUCGGAUAUGAUACAAUG